AUGUCAGGAUUUGCUGCAAGCACUGGAACACCAAGGGAAAUCCCUAACAAGAUUCCGAAUGCUAUUUCGAAGCACAUCAUUAAUUACUACGUGAACCAUGCGGACGUGCUUUUGAACGACACGAACCUGCGGAGUGUCUCUCAAAACAAUAAAAGAAGCCAAGCAUAUAAGAGCCUGCUGACCGAGCUCAAAGAGGAGUUUGGAUUCGAACUUUCGGAAAAGCGCUUGCGAAAUCACUUCGACUAUAUGCGCAAUAAAAUUAUCCAGAAAGGAAUGGCGCACAAACGGAGUCUUAACGCUGAAAAAAGGUACAGGGGACUAACGGGAGGGGGACGUUCCCUAAGGGAUGAGAACGCAUUCGCGAACGCGAAUGAGCCCACCCCCUUUGAAAGUUCCACAGAACAAGCACUGUGGGAGUAUUUUGACAAUACUCCCACAACAGUCCCGUUCAAAGAGGGAGAAUCGUCGGUUGGUAAAAGGAAAAGGGCGGCAUCCCCGGAUGAUGAACUAGUGUCUUCGCUUUCACCGGAACCGAACAUGGAUGAUUUCCUCAGUGAUAGCGAGGACGGGCGGCCAAGGCAUCAGCGAUUUACUGAGAAGGAUAUCCUUGAAGAGCAAAUUCUUCUUUGUCAAGAUCAACGAAAGUUCUUCCGCAAAUUAAUGCACACAUUGGACGUAUUUACUGAUUACGUCAUGCGCCAGCAAGAAAAAUCGCAAGGAAUCCAAGAAACGAAGCAGCCGAAAAUAACUCCAUUGGCGGAUCCUAAUAUAGAAGAAUCGGUCUUUUCAAUCCGUGUUCAUCGCAGCGGUACGGCGCCAGCUUAUACAAAACAUUUUGUGUAUGGCUACAUCUCCAGUCCGCUCAAUAGCUUGAGUGGCGCUCACUUGAGGACUGCUCUUCGAACAAUCUUUACGGCGCCCUAUACUUCCCCGACGACCUCUUUCUAA